AUGCCAGAGAUCAUUGACCUCAUCUCGUCGAGCCCCCCUCCUCAAGUGUCCUACAAGUCUCUUCCGCAUCGACUGAGCUCGCCGUUUGUCCCGCUGUCCAGUUUUCUCUCCGAUGGCUGCGAUGAGCCUGAUAAGCCCGCGAAGCGACAGCGGGUGAGCCAGGAACCCGAGGAGAGUCUACAGCCUGUCACAAAUAGCCCAACGGAGCAUGUCUUUUUGUAUUCAGAUGAGGGGUCUAAUGGCGGAGGCGCUACGAAGAAAUCAUGGAAUGAAGAGUCGGAUCCAAUCGUCACGUCUUCAGCACCGCAGUCUCGGCCUGCUAAAAGAGGGGCUAGCAUAGUGAUUGACGAUGACGAGGAUGAUCUUGAAAAAAAUACAAAUGGCCAAGAGACCAUCGAGUUCAGUGACCCGCUGCAUCUGCCUGACUUGAACGAAUUGAUGGAAUCUUGUGAGCGUCGACAGCAGCCGGCCGUGUCGUCAUUCUCUAGUCGGACGGCGAGUCUUUUAGCAGAUCUACAGAGCGGAGCGACUACCUCAACGAGAAAGGCUAGGCCGUUGCUGGAAGAUGACAUUUUAGAUCCUCAGCCGCGCAAGACAACCACCAAACGGGCGCCGAAGCCUACCACGGCCGAAAAGGAAGCCAAAGCGCGAGAAAGGGAAGCCGCCAAGGCACAGCGGGAGCGUGAGAAGCUCCUGGAGAAAGAACGCAAGCAAAAGAUCAAAGAACAAAAGGCCAAGGAGAAGCAGCUGGCUGCGGAUCUCUCCGAAGUCAACAAGCUCAAGGUCGACAAGAAAGACUCGACGCCCGAGAUGAUCGUCAACCUCUGCUCCUCGUUCGAGGAGACUAGCGUGGGCAACCAGGCCGUCGAAUUCAUGCAUCGCUUGGGCGUGGAGCAUAGCUUCUUCACCAGCCCCGUUCGGGGGAUCAUCAAGUGGCGGCGUAAGGUGGUCGCCCAGUUCAACGAGACGCUGAAAUACUGGGAGCCAUGUCCGCAGCACAUCCGCGAUGAGAAUCACAUCCUGUGCUACAUAUCCGCUCAGGACUUUGUCGACAUGGUGCUGCAAUCCGACUCCGACGGCGGGGGAUCCCUCGACGUGCAUGUGCUGCAAGUGAAAAGCGCCUACCCGGCCUGCCAGCCCAUCUACCUGAUUGAGGGUCUGACGGCGUGGAUGCGCAAGAACCAAAACUCGCGGAACCGCGCUUUCCAAGCCCAGGUGCGCCAGCAGAUCGAGAACACAAGCAACAGUGCCGGCAAUACUGGCAGUAAUUCUUCUACAGCAUCUCGCCGCCGCAAAAACCCCGAGACCACCCCGACUGUGGACGAUGACAGCAUCGAAGAUGCCCUCCUCCGCCUGCAAGUGACACACGCGUGUCUCAUCCACCACACGAACGCGGCGCCCGAGUCCGCCGAAUGGAUCAAGAACUUCACCGAGCACGUCUCGACAAUCCCCUACCGGCGCGAGCGGAUGGAGGGCCACGACGCCGCCUUCUGCAUGGACACGGGACAAGUCAAGACCGGCGACGACCGGCCAGACACGUUCGUCAAGAUGCUGCAGGAGGUGAACCGUGUGACCCCCUCGAUAGCCUACAGUAUUCUUGCCCGGUAUCCUAGUGUGAGGGAUCUGGUUGAUGCCAUGCGAGUUCAUGGCCCGAACCUCCUCGAAGACGUAAAGAAAUCCGCAAACAAGAACGGUGCAUUGGCCGAUUCGCGCAUCGGGCCGGCGGUCAGUCGCCGGCUGUACAAGGUGUUUAUGGGGGGUGAUCCGAUGUCGACAGAUAUAUAG